AUGGAUUUCGACGAGUACAGAAGAAGGGGCAAGGAGAUGGUGGACUACAUCGCCGACUACCUGGAGAACAUCCGCGAGCGGCGGGUGUUCCCGGACGUGAAGCCGGGCUACCUGCGGGCGCUCGUGCCGGCCAGCGCGCCCGUCGACCCGGAGAGCUGGGACGCCAUCAUGGCCGACGUGGAGCGGGUCGUCAUGCCAGGGGUGACGCACUGGCAGAGCCCGCACAUGCACGCCUACUACCCGCUACUCAGCUCCUUCCCCUCGCUGCUGGGCGACAUGCUGGCCGACGCCAUCAACUGCCUCGGCUUCACCUGGGCGGCGAGUCCCGCCUGCACGGAGCUGGAGACCGCCGUCAUGGACUGGCUCGGCAAGAUGAUCGGCCUGCCCGACGACUUCCUGCACUCGCGCAGCGACAGCAGGGGCGGCGGCGUCAUACAGACGACGGCCUGCGAGGCGACGCUGGUGAGCCUGCUGGCGGGACGCAGCGAGGCCAUCCGCCGCCAGCUGGCGCUGCUGGACCAGGAGCCCGCCGAGGUGCACGGCCGCCUCGUGGCCUACUGCUCCGACCAGGCGCAUUCGUCGGUGGAGAAGUCGGGGCUGAUCGGGCUGGUGAAGAUGCGGUACCUGGAGAGCGACGACAACCUCAGUCUGAGGGGCGACCGGCUGCUGGAGGCCAUCAGGAAGGACCAGGAGAGAGGCCUCAUCCCCUUCUGGCUGUGCGCCACUCUGGGGACGACUGGGGCGUGCGCCUUCGACAACCUGAUGGAGCUGGGGCCCAUAUGCGAGAAGCACCAGCUGUGGCUGCACGUGGACGCGGCCUACGCAGGGACGGCCUUCAUCUGCCCCGAGUUCCGGCACUGGCUCAACGGCGUGCAGUUCGCCAGCUCCUUCGCCUUCAACCCCUCCAAGUGGAUGCUCGUGCACUUCGACUGCACGGCCAUGUGGGUGAAAGACAGCAGCGCUCUUCACAGGACGUUCAACGUGGAACCGCUGUACUUGAAGCACGAGAACUCGGGCCUUGCUAUUGACUACAUGCACUGGCAGAUCCCGCUGAGCAAGAGGUUCCGCGCGCUCAAGCUGUGGUUCGUCAUCAGGAGCUACGGCAUCAAGGGACUGCAGCGUCACGUGCGAGAGGGGGUGCGACUGGCGCAGCGCAUGGAGGCGCUGGUGCGGGCCGACGCGCGCUUCGAGGUGCCGGCGCCGCGCCACCUGGGGCUGGUCGUGUUCCGGCUGCGCGGCGCCGACGAGCUGACGGAGCGCCUGCUCAAGAGGCUCAACUCGCGCGGCCGGGUGCACUGCGUGCCCGCCUCGCUCAAGGGCCGCUACGUGGUGCGCUUCGUGGUGACGUCGGCGCGCACCACGGCGCGGGACAUCGCGCGCGACUGGCAGGAGGUCGAGGACACGGCGGCGGCGGUGCUGGAGCAGGCCCGCGGGGCGCGCGCCCGGGUGCCGCUGGCAGAGACGCGCGAGCUGAACGAGAACUUCGGCUCCAGCCUGCUGCUGGCCAACUCGCCCAUGUCGCCCAAGAUCGUGAACGGCAGCUUCGCCGCCAUCUUCGACCACGGCGACAACCUGGCGCGCCAGCUGGCGUCCAGCUUCGGCCGGCUUCGCUUCGACCAGGACAGCCCAGCGAUCCGGCGGCGCGUGCGAGGGAUGCUGGUGUCGGGGAAGCAGCUCUCCCUGGACUCCAGGAUGGACCUGGUGACGUCGCUGGCGUCUGGCGCCGCCGCCGGCCCGAGCUGCGGCCACCUGGAGGAGACGCCCGAGGACGAAGACAACCCGCCCCAGGCCGGCGGCGAGCAGCCGGGGGCAGGCGGGGCGUCCGCGGACCGCCACAGCCGCUCCAGGUCCGUGGACCACUCGGCGGCGCCGCUCGACAAGAUGGCGGCGCCGCUCGACAAGAUGGCGGCGGCCCGGCCGCGCCUCGGCUGCGCCUGCGAGCGAGACUAG